GCCAGGUUCGUGUAGGAAAGUGUGCACAGAAAGAGAAUAGACGCGAAAGAGGAGUUCGUGUAGAGGAUCUAAAGAUUUGGACGAAAUUUUUUUUUUUGUUCCCCUCACUACUUUUUCCAUGAUUUGCUAUUGGCAGUUACGUACUCCUAGAAAAAUGACACCAGUUCGUAAAAGUUGCCAGUGUUAGUACAACUACCACGAUGGGAACCGCACAAGGAAAAGGCGAAAAAUCGAAGGCGGGCUCAAGACGAGGAGAUCGCGAGCAGCGGGACAGCCACAUUAUGUUGAUCAGAGGACUUUGUUCUCCAAACAACUAAGUAUAACUUAGACUUAGACAAUACAUUCUCGUACCGGUAAUAUUUUCUUCUGGUUGUCUCGCACCUCCGCGACCGUGAAUACGCCAGAAUUUCCUCGCAUUUUUUGACCACGUCAAUUCUUGUCCUACUUUCAUUUCCUGGUCGUCGGAGCACAGCCAUCGGGAGGCACGAGAGAGUCAUCGCACGGACACUAGUGUGGGGAGUGCACGGGAUAGCAUUGGCAGUGGAAAGAGCGUGGACCCAAGGGAGAGCCCCGGUCGGUCGGCUAGAGACGACAGCAAAGUAAGGCAGGAUCUGGCAAUACAUCUUCAGAAGCAUCUUGGUCCCCUAACACUUGAACUAAAGGGGUGUGGAAUACGUCUUCGAGAGAAAAGGAGACCCAGGAUGAUUUUCAAGAUGGAUUCCAGGAAGAUCUAAGCAAAGAGAACUCGAACCGCGUUAGCAGUAUCAACUACGAUGGCAGUCAGGCAGGCCCAGUAACAGUAGGAACUGAUGCGUCUGUUAAGGCUGAUUGUAAUUGAUUCUUUCAUCUUGAGAAGCUGCAUCUCUGACCUCUUUUAUUUUGAAGGGUGAAGCAAAAACAGAUCAAAGAUGAUCUAUUUUUUAGAGAAAUGUGGAUAAGCUAGCUUUUCUACUUCUAAAUCUGUCGCGUAUAACAAUAGCAACUCCUCUGACAGAGGAGGAAACAAUGGGAGUAAUAAUGGAGGUGUACAGGUUGGGACGACGGCGUCAGCCAGUAGUAGCAAGGACCGAGGAGGCAACAAGAGUGGUUCCCCUACUAUGGAAACGAACGCAGAAAGCAAAAGCGGGAGUGAAGGGAGUAAGAGCAAAGAUAGUAGCGACACUGCGCCGGCAAGUAGCUCCACCAUCGCGAAUGCAACUUAUGGUGGACGGAUCUAAUUUUAGUGUAAGUAGCAUAAAUAGGGUUCUGCAUCAAUGUUUAUGUUAGAGAAACGCGUCAUCUAGCAGUAGUGCUACGACUCGUCUAGGGAGUUUAUUAAGUCAUUAUCUCGUUUUUUUGAAGUAAGUUACUACAUACAAUAUUUAUAAAAUCAAAAAGUGAUAUUACGUUGUGGCUUGUCGUAAGAUGAUGUUCUUUUCAUGGUCCCCGAUUCCUAUCUCUCUUCAUUUUCCGGCGAAGCAAACGAAGGAGGUUCCAGUCGUCUUCACAUGGACACACGGCGGGCAGAAUGUUUUUCUCAUUGGCAGCUUCAACAACUGGUCAGAGAAGUUACCUAUGGUUAGGAGUGGUUUGGAGUUUCAUGUCGUGGUUAACCUUACGAGGCAAGAGCACCAAUACAAGUUCAUUGCCGACGACCAGUGGCGUUACAGCAGCGACUAUCCCAUCGUCUCCGACGAUCUUGGGAACAUCCACAACGUACUUAUAUUAAAAUGUUGAGUGUGUUUUGUUGUUUAGUGACUGGGGCCAUUUUUUCUGCGUGUGGUGCCGUUUUUCUUUCGUCAUCUCGGGGCACCGGAAUUCCCACGAGGGCGGAAUGCUGGAGGCAGGGGAGCAGGGGGACAUGGAUGCGCGCGUGGCAUUCCCUAGCAGCGGGCACAAAGCCGCAGACACGACGAAGGACGCCGCCGCGAGAGGACUACGGCGACGCAGGCGGCCCCCGUUCGUUUCGGGUGCGGACUCGGCUGCUCUAGACUGAAAGCGUGGGCAGCGCAGAGGCGUGGGCCCUGACGGGCACGUGGGAGCAGUCGCGCCUCCACCCACGUCGCGCGCAUCGUCGCGCGCAUUUGUUCGGAGUGCGGCUCGCAAGAUAGCCGAGCAGUGGACGGGGUUCGAAGCGUUUCGCCGCAAUUGCCUGAGGCUCUUGCCUUUCUGCGAUCCCGCGGCCGAUUCGCUGACAACCUGACGAAAGAAAAAAAUACCCGAAAGGUGCCCGCGCGCGGAGGGUUCUGGGCCCGUCUGGGCUCCAAGUCAAGGCACGCGCCGCAGCGUCGCGUACACAGUGGCGAACGAGGUCCAUGGAGAUCGUGCCUCGCCGGUCGCUCUCGGUGGUCUUUCUCCUUGCGACGCGCGAGAGCUUCGACGAAUAUAGCGCCGCAGCUAUCGCAGGCGCCGCGCCUAUCAUUGCCUUGCGGCGAUUGCCUCAGCCUUCGGAGGCUCCGGCGGCAUUUCGGCGGACUCGGACUGACGCACUACGAGGCGGAUAGGGGGGGCUACUUAGUGCCUUGACGAAGGGCGCCCCAUUCGCUCGCCGGCCCCUUUUCUGUCAGGGGAAUACGACACGGCCUGAGAGGUGUUUCGUCUUCGCGAUGAGUGUGAGCGGAUGGGGCCGCCUGACUAUGGUCUUAAUCUUCUGCCUCGCUCUGUGGUGUGCUGCAGGCAGAUGGGCCACCUGCGCGCGUCUCAGGUAGUAGGAAAAAAGUGAGCGGUAGGACUAGACGGCCGCCGCGGCUCGUGUGCUGGUGGUGCAGUUGCAACGAUGCAGGCGGACUCGCGCGAAGACUUUGGCCCAAAACAAGGCGCCACGCCUGCCCGGCCGCAGUACAAGCCUCGGGGCCUUUGCUCGCACACGCACGCCCUGGCGACUAGUAUGCGGGGCGUUAGUGGGGCCUUUGUCGUAGUUAUUAAGUCUUGCGUGCCGUCAUUGAAGUGGCGCGGAAGUUGUUACAGAGUAGGGCAGUCAUUGGAGAGAGGGCAAGCCGCUACGCACUUACUUCAUGGGCUCGAGCGUUUUGGUUGCACGCGCGGCGCUUUGUGAUUUGGGCAAGAGCUCUCUACUUUUGCUACUGCACUUAGAGUGGCUACAGGUGGCACCCUUGCCAGGACGAGCACGCUGAGGACUUGCCGCGAGGUGGUCUCUUCGCUGGACGGAGUGCAGAACUCGCGAUAAUAGUGAUCGGACAGCGUGCGACCGCGAAGCAGCCGAGAUUAGUCACCCGACCCAAUAGGAAGCGCGGCCAGAGAAGCACGAGCGGCAAAAAAGCACCAGCGCCGCAGCAGAACCCGGCGAAAGCGUAGGCAAAGGCGGCGCCGCUCGAGCCGCGGGCGGGCUCGCAGCAAAGAGCGCCGGCGUCGCAGCAGAAGCCGACAAAAGCGAAGGAAGUCGCGGGCAUUCCGCUCUCGUAUGGGGGCGCGUCUGCAUAUCAACAAGACCAACGGCGCGGCACUUUCUUACAACAAAGCACGCAGCCAGGCGCAGCUGCUCCCAGAGCAUUCGCCGCGGUCGGUCAGUCUCACAGAGGUUCUUCGAGGGAUUGCAGCAUCAGACGCAGCCCAUGACUACAGCGAGGACGAGCUCUCGGCUGUCGCGGAGGUCGCCCCCAAGCACAUGCCACAUGGUGGGCGUAUUCUGGGCAUCCGACUGCCUUGACAAGGAAGGGGCAGCAACCAAAGCAUGGCACAGCACUGCAAGAAAUGCGCGAGGGAGAAGAGGGAGCAGCUGAAGGAGAAAGCCGAAGCACCGCGCAACCCAAUGCGCCCGCGGCCGCGACGGUCCUGAUAGGAGCGCUUACCCCCAGCGAAAACGCCCCAUCCCUUGCAGUGGCUGCAGGGACCAGCUUAGGCGCCCGCGGGGCUUUCGUGAUUCGCUGCCUGGCGCUCCCGUAUGUCAUCGACCUCGGCCCCGUCUGUAUCAGAGAGCGGCGCGAAGCAUUUGGCCGCUAGAAUGCCGCGCCGUCACCUGGCGACCGGACCCGCGCCCGCGGAGAACAUGCCGGGCACUUCGCGCGCCGUCAGUGCUGUCUGGGAAGGCCAAAGCGGUGCGCGGCGCUUUUUGCACGCAGCCGGGAGGCUUGACACCUCGCGGGGGCAGGCCUUCGGGCUUUUUUCUGAGGGUGUAAGCAGUUUUGUCUGUGCUGUUAAUUUAUGCACCCAGUGACUCACUGGGCUGACACCGGCCCAGCGCUGUCGAGAAUGCAGGGCCUUAGCCUCGGAGCUUCUCCACGCACUAAGAGGGCCUGAGUCGAGGGCAGGGACUCCUUAAAGGCAGCCGCAGCACUGGAGCCAUUGGUGCCGCAUUUAGGAAAGGGAAAAACGGAAACAGCGGACGGCGACGGCCCAAAGAAAGGGCCGCCCGGCGUCGCUUGCGUCGAGCUGUUCCAAAGCGAAGCAGCGCGUCCGCCCUGUGGCACCGGGAGACUCUGGGGGCGGUCGUCCAUCCACCUCCGCCCCUUCGUCAGUUGCAGAAGAAAAAGGAGGCGGAAGGGCCGGGCCGUCUUCCAGCGGGGAAAGGCGACGCCAUGGAGACGGGCGACCACGAUCAAAGCCAACAGCACGGAGACGGCGGCGAUUGCACCUCCGCGGCAUGGCCGUGGUGUUCCGUAGGCAUGGGGCAGAGAGCGCGGGGGCCGGCGCUCCGGUGCUGCGGGGGCGGAGCGCUUGGUGGGUGCCCUUGUUCUGCGGGUUCGCUGGCGCGGGGCCGCUUCGUGUCUUGCGCCGCUUCUCCUCGGCGGCGGACCAGAGCUGGCUCCCCAUCGAUCUCGGUGGACCGGCUGGCCGGCGCCGUGGCUCUGCUUCUACAUAGGCAGGCAAAGACCACAGGGUCUCCGUGCUCCUACUGGUCUUACAUGUGAAAAGCACCCACUCCACCCAGGUGAUGGACGUUAGCCAAUAUGAGGCGUAUGACCUUUUCAAAAUUGCGGAGCAAGAGCGGCAAGACUUGCCCUUUUCGCAGCUAGCGCCUAACUUUGCCGAGUACGCCACAGAGCCUCCCACGAUCCCGGUGGUUCUGGCGAAGAGCGCUUUCGUUGCCGUGGAUCCUCCAGUCCUGAAAAUGCCGCCAAAUAUCCCCCUGCACUGCAUUGUGAGUCAUUUCUUCCAUGACUAUGGGCGAACUUUGCGGCAUAGACUGCGGAGGAGAGUGAAAACAGCAGAUCAGUCGGAUUCAGACUCCUCGAUGAGCAAAAAGGGGGACGUCUUGUGUAUCGGUUAUGAAUGGGUCCCUGUAAUUGUUGGAGUAAUUACAUGUCAGCAUUGCCUAUCGUUCAUAUUGAUCUUGUUGGUUGGAAUAGUUACUUCACAGGGACGAGGAGUUUGGAUUUAAUAAAUUCAGCAUGUCGAGGGGGGGCUACCUAUGAUGCAGAGUAGAAACUGAAGAUGAUGAUCUAAGGCAUAUAGCUUACCUUAUGAAUAUAGCUUAACUUAAAUUUGAAAGCUUGUGAUCUACCUUUCAUUUUCUCAUGACGCAUCGAUUCGAGCGAACGUAUACUACCUCUAUCCUUGUAACGCAUGGCGAUAGAUGGCCGCGACCAGCAUCAAAUCUGGGUGGAGGCAGCUCCACAAUAGGAAUGGGAAGCAGUCUUCUGAAUGACUGGCGCUAUUAUCGAAGCUGCAAUCCCUUGGAGCUCUGCUUUAAAUUCGACGUGCAGAGUUAUGAUUUUUUUGAUUUAUUUUAGAAUUGAUUGAUUUAUUAGGUCAGCACGUUCAUCUUCCUCCAGCUGGGCAAUCAUGUCGGAAUCGCUAAUCUUUUCAUCGAGGAGGUAUAUUAAGAAAGCGCCUUGUUCUUCAAAAGCCUCUGAUAGUAAGGGGACCUUUUAUCCAUGAUGAAAGUUCAACAGUGUGAAGUAAAAACUACGCUGGAUCUUCUCUCUGUAACUACAAUCAUUCAACAGCACGCGGAACCCUCGAUAUUAUCAUUAGAAUAUCAAUAUGCACAAUCUCACGCUUCGUCUCCUCUAAUCCCACCAAGGAGCGAGUAUUAGCAGCGCGCAGCCAGGAUCCUCAAGUAGCUCAGGGCCACCUGGUGGCGGAGGUCAGUCUGGAAGAGAUCAACCUCCGACUUCCAAGGAUUCGCCAGGGAGCAGCGCUUCUUCAAGGGCAUUGCAACUGGAGGCGAUGGAAUGGGCAUAGGCGAUGGAAUGGGCAUAGAAAGUUCUUGCAUUCAACUUCAAUGGAUCAUUUAGAUCGCGCGUUACCUACAUGUUGACUACACUUACCACGUCUUGACACGAGGCCACUGUGCACGAAUACUUGACUUUCUUCACUUGUGAUUUUUCUUCGAACAUGUGCGAUUGUGACUUCGUUUUCAACUACGUAACUUCAAAAUCUACUACUGCCUUGGAGACAGACAUCUACAAUGUGUAAGAUUCUACCAAACGCGGACGCGCCUUCUUGUGAUUCAGGGUAGGGCUCAAUGACCUUAGGUUUCUUUGGGAAACUUAACCUGAAUUUCUUUGCCGAGACUUUCGAUCAGAUAGACGCGAGUCUCUCAGGAAAAGGAAGUACUAAGAAGCCAUAACGACCACACGGAAGCAU